AUGACUUCUGUCUGCUCGGCGGCUCAUGGCGCUCUUCUAGGCCGGAGUGACCAUGGGCCGCCACUCGUCCGACAGCGAGGAGAACGGCCGGAGCAGGAGGAAGAGGAGGGCGAGGGGCCGCUCUUCGUCCUCCAGCUCCUCGGGAAGCAGGGUGGCCGGCCGCAGCAAACACUCCAGGAGACGGACGCGCUCCAGAGACCGAAACAGAGACAGGAGGCACAGAAACCGCUCCAACAGCAGCUCCUCCAGAGGCUCCGGUCACAGGAGGCGGAGCCGGAGCGCAGACAGGGGGCGGGGCCACAGGUCCCACAGGUCUCGGUCCCGCAGCCGAAACAGAAGGUCUCGCUCGCGUCACCGAAGGUCUCGCAGUGGCAGCAGCGCUCGAUCCAGCAGAAAACGCAGUCGCAGCAGAGAGCGAGAGUGUGGCCAGCGCCGGACCCGAGACCGAGACCGAGACCGAGACCGCCACGGGACCGAACUAAAGACAAAGACACGGACAAAGCCAAAGACAAAGAAAAACAAAGGGAAACGGGGAACAUCAAAGCUGGAUUAGAACAUCUGACUCCUGCAGAACAGGCCAAAGCUCGACUCCAGCUGGUGCUUCAGGCUGCAGCUAAAACCGAUGAAGCGCUGAAAGCGAAGGAGAGCGUGAAAGAAGAAAAGACAGAGGAAGAAGAGAUGUCUCUCGCCGAGCAGGUGAGGAGGAUAAAGGAUAUCGAGGCCAUUGAGAGCGACUCCUUUGUUCCUCAGGCUUUCAAAUCAUCUCGGGAUGGCACCAAGGUGACUGGCGUUUCAGAGAUCAAGAAAGAGGCAGAGACUAUAAAAGAAGAAGUUGCCCUUUUGCCCACCUCCAUCAUGUACAAUGACAGCAACGCCCUGGCUCACCCUAACCUCUUCAUGGAUAAGGAGGAGGCGGAGAGGCUGUGGUUGAACAGACUGCUCUGUCUGCGUCAGGAGAGGCUCAUGGGAAGUCCGGUGUCCUGAGCGGAUCUCUAAGAGGAGCCACGGCGCCACCUGCUGCUUCCUGUGGGAAAUAUCCUUCAAAAUCUUCAAUCUUUGAUCGUUUAUUUGACUUUAUACUGCCUGAUAGUGUUUUUAGGAGUGACUGAGCAGACCACCUCCUCAUCAACGGGAAUGAAUGUCGUAUUUGGCGGGAAUUGGGGUUUUGUUGUUUUUUCAAAAUAAAUGAUUGUUGUACAACUA